CCAAAGCGUAAGACUGAGAAAGAGUGAAACAAAGGCUAAAGAAACAAGAAUGAAAGUAGCACAGGUACUGCACAUGAAUGGAGGGGUUGGAGAAGCAAGCUAUGCAAACAACUCCUUAGUUCAGCGAAAGGUGAUUUCGUUGACAAAGCCGUUAAUAGAAGAAGCCAUAACUACCCUCUAUAGCAGCACACUCCCGAGAAGCCUGGCAAUUGCAGACUUGGGUUGCUCUUCUGGACCAAACACUUUGCUUGUGAUUUCAGACAUUAUCAAGGCUGUGGAGAAUCUUUGCCGACGGCUGAAACAUAAAUCUCCUGAAUACAAGGUCUUUAUGAACGAUCUCCCCGGGAAUGACUUCAACAACAUUUUUAAGUCCCUUGACAGCUUCAAAGAGAAACUACGUGAUGAAAUCGAAACUGGGAUUGGUCCAUGCUACUUCUAUGGGGUUCCUGGUUCUUUCUAUGGCAGAGUUUUCCCUAAUCGAAGUUUGCAUUUUGUCCAUUCCUCUUACAGCCUUCAAUGGCUAUCUAAGGUUCCCGAGGGUGUAGAAAACAAUGAGGGAAACAUUUACAUGGCCAGCACAAGCCCCCUAAACGUCUUCAAGGCUUACUACGAGCAAUUUCAAAGAGAUUUCUCUCUUUUUCUAAAGUGUCGAGCAGAGGAACUAGUUGAAGGGGGUCGCAUGGUUCUAACAUUUUUGGGAAGAAGAAGCGAUGAUCCAUCAAGCAAGGAAUGUUGCUACAUUUGGGAGCUUAUGGCUAUGGCUCUUAAUGAUAUGGUCUUGCAGGGAAUCAUAAAGAAAGAGCAAGUGGAUACCUUCAAUAUCCCUCAAUAUACUCCAUCUCCAUCUGAAGUGAAAUUAGAAGUUCUCAAUGAAGGAUCGUUCACUAUCAACCGACUGGAUGUGUCUGAAGUGAAUUGGAACCCUGUUGAUAACUGGAAUGCUUUUGACUUUGAAUCUGAAAUGUCGGAAUCACUCAGUGAUGGUGACUUUGGAUCUGAAAUAUCAGAAUCAUUCAGCGAUGGUGCAUACAAUGUCGCACAGUGCAUGAGGGCUGUGGCUGAACCUAUGCUGGUUAGUCACUUUGGUGAAGCUAUCAUUGAUCAAGUUUUUAGUCGCUACCAAGAAAUCUUGGCUGACCGUAUGUCCAAGGAGAAAACUGAGUUCAUCAAUGUUGCCAUAUUAUUGACUAGAGAAGUAUAAGCAAGAAGCUUGCA